AUGCAAACCAAUACUACCGGCUCUAAGCCAGUCAUCUUUAUUGGUGCAACGGACGCAAUAUGCAGAGAAGCCAUCAGGCUUUUUGUGCAAGCAAGCGACGUGCCAGUUGUCCUCGCAGACGCUGAUGAGGAAGAGCUGCGGACAUUCGCUGCCAAACUACCUGGUAGGAAUGUCACCAUACGAAAGGUGAACCUCUUUGACCCGGAUGAGUUACGAAGCACUAUUGCCGGUGCUGCGCUCGUGAUUCAAGGAGCACAGCCAUACUACCGAACCUCAACACCCGUCCUCACAGCUUGUAUCGAUGCAAAGGUGCCCUAUCUGGACUAUUCCGACGAUUUGAGCAGCACGCAAGCGUCACUCGAUGCACACGAGCAGGCAAAGAGGGAGGGCGUCCCAUGCUACAUCAAUUGCGGCUCAUCCCCGGGCAUGACCAACCUUAUCGCGCUUGACAUUGCCAAAGAACUUGAUACUGUCGAGAGUCUGGAUAUUUGCUGGCUGGUCAGCGAAGAGGGCGGCCAAUUGGGCAGAGAGGUCCUGGAGCACCUGAUGCAUAUCACGGGAGGACCUUGUUUAACCUGGGCCGAUGGAAAGGUCGCGGUCCAUGAGAACUGGGUCGAGACAGCUUAUGCCCCCAUUAUCGCUGGAUCCAACGAUCUUUUCCAUGAAAGUGUCCACCCCGAGCCGGUUACCCUGCCGCGCCGACUCCCAACCGUUCCUCGAAUCCGCACCCUGGGCGCUCUCAGUCCUGCGCCAUUCAACGGCCUUGCCCGAGGUCUGGGCGCCGCCGUCCACUCUGGAGCUCUUUCUAUGGACACAGCUGUCGACUUUCUCGAGGGUAUGCAGAAAAAGACCUCCACCAGCUGGGGCGAGACAGUUGGUGCCAUUACCGCUCAGUUCAGGGGCGGCGACAUUACGCUAAAUCAGCUAUACCAGCUAGCUGCCCAGGGCAUUUCAUCCCUCAAACCAUGGAACCUUGCCCUUUGGGGAAUGAUCAACCAGGUGCGCAAGGGACAAUGCACAUCAGGGGAGGUCCUGAGUUUCUUGGUGGAUUCCGCACGGGGCAAGCAGGCGCCACGUCGUUCGGGGAUCCUCGUUCGAGGCAUUGGCACCCGCAAUGGACACCCUGCUGUCGCCACCAGACGCACGCCCGUCGUCCGAAAGGACUCGUUCAUGGGAGAGAGCAUGGCGACUUCCAUUGGCACAUCUUGUGCCGCUUUUGCCCUGAUGGUGUUGGAUUUGGGCGCCCAGCAGCGGCCCGGUGUCCAAUGUCCUGAAGACUGGGCUGAGCUGGAGACGUUUGUCAAGUCUAUGGAGAGGCUUGGAUGCCCUCGAGAUCAGAUUAUUGAGUUGGUUGAGGGGUAGCUUGGUAGCGACUGGGUUGUGGUAGGCUUCUGGAGAGAAUUAUGGUGGUGAAUUGGCAAAGCUAGUAUCCACUCAAGUUAGGAAUAUAGAAUGUCCUUUGUCUUUGGAUUUCAUGAAGUUGAUCAUUUCCAAUGUGCAUAAACCGUGGUGGGUUUCACAUUUGGAUGUAUG